GCCGCCGCGUCCCCUCCCCGGCCGGCGGGAGGCAGCGGCUCUGCCCCGCCGCCCGCCGCGCCUCCCGCUCUGAAUUUCCCCCCCGUCGGCCGAUCUGGGGAGAGGCGGGGAGGGGGGGUACGUCCCCUCGCACUUUGUUUUCCCCCUACUUCUUUUUUUUUUUUUUUUUUUUGUUUCCCUCCCCUUUUUUUGUCUUACCCCCAUCACCCCACCCCCAGCCCGUUUUCUCCUCCGCCGGGGGCUACUCGCCGGCCAUGCGGCCGGUCCCGGGCGAGCGGCUCUAACUCGCCCCCCCUCGCCCGGAUGGCCCCCCGGAGCCGCGGGCGGAUGGAGCCGAGCUACGUCGUGGGUAUCUGCUGCCUGGUGCUGCUGGAGCCGGGCCGGGUGUGGAGCGGCGAGCCCAGCACCGGGGGGCCCGGCGAGAACGGGAACGGCAGCCAGGCACCGGCAGCGGCGGCGACGGCGGCCCCCGCGCCCACCGGGGCGGCACCCCCGGGGGGGGACCGCUGCCGCGGUUACUACGACGUGAUGGGGCAGUGGGACCCGCCGUUUAACUGCAACGCCGGCAUCUACCAGUACUGCUGCGGGACCUGCGGGUACCGCUUCUGCUGCCAGUUCAAACCCGGGCGGCUGGACCAGAGCGGCUGCUCCAACUACGACACCCCCAAUUGGGUCAACACGGGCCAGCCGCCCGCCCGGGUGGACGAGACCCCCGAGGAUCCCACUCGCGACAAGACCAACAUGAUCGUCUACAUCAUCUGCGGCGUGGUGGCCAUCAUGGUGCUGGUGGGCAUCUUCACCAAGCUGGGCCUGGAGAAGGCACAGGGACCCCAGACGGAGAUGACCGUCUCCAGGACGCUGACAGACCUGCUGAAGCAGCCAGGCCACGGCCCCUCUGAGCAUGUGGAUGGCCUCGUGGGGGGCGUGCAGGUCCCGCUGGGCGAAGGGCUGGCCCGGGGGCCCCCCAGGACCGGCACAGACAAGCCGCCCUUGAACAACGCGGUGGCCAUUGCCCCCCCGCUGGGGCGGCCCCACGGCCACGGCAAGCGCCUGCCGCUGGCCACCAGCCUGGCCUUGCCGCCCCCCGCCUACGCUGCCUACGCCACCCUCAAGGCUGGAGAGAACACCCCUGAGGACUUCUACCGGCGGUUUGGGGGGCCGGAGGCAGCCCCCGCUGGCACCCUGCCCUUCCCGCCCGCCGAGACCCCGGCGCUGCCCGAGGGCUGCCCCCCACCCGGGGCCAAGGCCAAGGGCCCCAAGCUGCUGGGGGGCCCGGCCUUCCCGGGGGGCUGGGAGGGGGGACCCCCCCGUGGCCCCCGCCGCCCCGCCCUGCGCCCCGAGGGGCCGCCCGAGGCCUUUGGCCCCGCCACCCCGCUGUACGGCCAGCCCCCCCGGCACCUCGCCACCAACAGCAAGACCGAGGUCACCGUCUGACGGCCGCUGCCAUCGGGGACGGGGGGUCCGGGGCUGCCCCCCCCCCUUCGCCUGAGCGUCGCUGACAGCCUCCCCCCCCGGGGUGGCCCGCCAGAGGAGAGCAUCGUCGGUCCUACCUAAACCAGGAGGGCUGGCCACGGCGGGGGACGCGCCGCCCUUCCUCUCCCAGGGACGGGGGCUGCCAGCUGCGCUUCCACCAGCGAGGAGGCACCAGGGGCCAGGCUGCCCCUCUCAUCCGGGCAACAAGUUUCAGCCGUUCUCAGCCUGCCCCAGGAAGAGGCCGAGCCGGGGGCACAUUGGCAGACCAGGGUGCAGCUCAGGGGAUGGGGACCGAUGCUGGACAACCGCAGCCCCCAGGGCUGGGGGGGACACAUCCUGCUGGGGCCAGGCACCCCCGCCUAGCCCCCGUGACCGGGUGGGGGGGGAAGAGCAAUGGACUCAAAGCACCAUCCUGGUGCUGCCGGCACAGCCCAAACAGCCUCUUUCCCUCCCCAGCCUACCUUCCCCCCCCCGCCCCAGCCUCCACCUUGUC